AAAAUCCACACUGGAGUGAGACCCUAUGGAUGCUGCGAGUGCGGGAAAACCUUCGCUGAGCGCUCAACCUUUAUUCGCCAUCAGAGGAUCCACAUCGGAGUGAGACCCUAUGGAUGCUGCGAGUGCAGGAAAACCUUCGCUGAGCGCUCAACUCUUAUUCGCCAUCAGAGUAUUCACACAGGCGAGAAACCCUAUGGAUGCUGUGAGUGCGGGAAAACCUUCGCUCGGCGCUCACACCUUAUUCGCCAUCAGAGGAGCCACACCGGGGAGAAACCUUAUGAAUGCUGUGAGUGCGGGAAAACCUUUGCUCGGAGUUCACACCUUAUUACGCAUCAGAGGAGCCACACAGGGGAGAAACCCUACGAAUGCCGUGAGUGCGGGAAAGCCUUCACUCAGAUCUCGGGCCUUAUUUCACAUCAGAGGAGCCACACAGGAGAGAAACCUUAUGGAUGCCGUGAGUGUGGGAAAACCUUUGCUCACUUCUCAAAUCUUAUUACACAUCAGAGGAUCCACACAGGGGAGAAACCCUAUAAAUGCCAUGAGUGCGGGAAAACGUUCGCUCAGCACCCACACCUUAUUGCCCAUCAAAGGAUCCACACAGGAGAGAAACCCUAUGAAUGCCAUGAAUGCGGGAAAACGUUCACUGCGAGAUCAGGCCUUACUACACAUCAGAGGAACCACACAGGGGAGAAACCCUAUGGAUGCUGUGAGUGAGGGAAAACCUUCACUUGGAGAUCUGGCCUUAUUACACAUCAGAGGAGCCACACAGGAGAGAAAACCCUAUGAAUGCCGUGAGUGCGGGAAAUUCUUCCAUCAUGACUCUUCUCUUAUGUAUCACCAGAGAAGCUGCAAGGGAGAGAAACACCAUGAAAAUCUCGUCUGGGUCUCAGAAAAGAUGUUUUUUCCCUUUUGCUAAUUCCCAAGUAGUGAACUUUAGGUAGCAUUUAUGGCGUCUCAGCUCUCUCAGGUGAGUUGUCUGCUUUUCCAUUUUGCAGCUCACCCUUCCUUGGAGUGAAGCCCACGGUGUUUUUCAUCAACCCCUUUGUCCUGCAUCAUGGAAGUGUGCGUCCCUCCAGGAUUGUCCGUCAGCCCCAGGUGGGGGAGCCAGGAGUGACCUUUACUCGGUACAUGGAGGUUAAAUCUACCUGGGCCUUGGCCGCACUAGGGUUUUCCAUGGAGUUAGCUAGAUUGAGUUAGGGAUCCUGACGUAAAAACACAACUAGUUUUUUCAAUGAAGAAAAUAGCCCAUAUAGCGUCCAGGGUAAAGUAGCAAACCUCCUCACCGCCGGACACAA